AAAAUACAAGAAAACAAAAGAAUCAGAAACAAAUAUAUAAAUAAAUAGUGGAACGUGCGCACCACCAGCCUGGGGGGUAGCCUUCCGGAAGGACCCCAAGGGUCAACAGUACGUGCCAGUAAAAAACAAAACAAAAACGAAAUAAACCAAAGACAGAUGUGUGUGAGCAGAUUAUUCCUGGAAGUCGUCCUGUUUCCACGCUUUGUGUACGGCUCCAUUUGUCGUGCUUCACCGACAUUGAGCGGAUCGAUUGCCAGGAGUAACGUUCCCUUAGGCGCAGAAGAAUAUUUCUAAUGAAAUUUUGCAGUAAACAAGGCGGACGGGACCUCCUCUCAUACCCGCAGAUCCGGCUGGGCAAGCUCAAGGCCGAGGCCAAGAAGACCGAGAUGCACAUCGGGGAGGCCGAUUCGGUUGCGGUUAGACAGAUAGAGGCCGAUGUCGCUCUCCAGGACGCUGCGGUCACGGAAAUGCUGGCCAAGUCCCAACGGACGGCCGCGAAACUUCGCGCCGAGUCGGGAGCAUUCGUUACGGAGAAGGCUUCGAAAGCCUCUUUGGAGGUGACGAAGAACAACGCCGAAGCCACGGCGAUCCUCGCGGAGGCUGAGGGCAUCUGCGCUCCCAUGCUUGAGGCCAUGAAGACAUAUACGACGGACAACAAGCGUGUCGACGUGAUGAAGAGCCUUUCAGACAACCCCGACCUCGUAAUCUCUUCCAGCUCGAACGAAGAGGUCAACGCGAUGAUGUUGUGUGACGCUGUGCUGACCAACACCGAGCCUGGAAAGCCCCUCAAUCGCUCUCAGGUCCUCGCCGAGCUAGUGAUGUUGCAGAAGGGUUCGAGGGUCUACAUGGGCCACGACAUGGCUACCGCUGCGUGACCAACUAUCCGUCCGUCGAGCAACCACGUUCAAUACAACACCGACACAUUGAAUUACCAGGGUUUUUGAGGCAUGUGACGAAUUUGGGGUGCCACUCAAGAAAUGAAGACGAGCACCAAAUAACCCGGGCCGAUACGAGCUCUGAUGGCCUGCCGAUGAUAAUGUUGGGGUGCCGCAAGGAAAACAUUCGUAGAGAUAACACCAAAAUCUCCACAGCAUACACAAACAACGCUGGGACCACAUGAAGACGGCUAGGGACUGUGGAGAAGAAACCGGCAACCCGCGCAGCACAAGGACAGCGAGCAUGCAGAUAGCAACCCUUCUUUGCUGAUACCCCCCAGCAUAGUGGAGGUUGGAGGGAAACUCGUUUGGGAAACCGUACACGGUACUCAUUUCGCCAUGAGAGGCUACGAUUCGUCGAACCUCCGUUCACAUCACCUUCCCCCGCUAAGUGUUACUAAUAAAGUACAAUUGAACAAAGACGGCACGUGGAACGCAGUACCUUUCCUUGUUGUCUUCCUCUUGACACGGACUAUAUCCGCGUUUUGAGCCAACAACCAUAUGUAGGCCAACUCAUUGGGGAGUUGAUUCAAACCCAACCGACAUCGUUUCCCCCACGAAAGUCGCGGGGGUACACGCGUACCACGUCUAGUUCUACCUUUCGGGGACGCAAUACACUAAAACGAAGCUCCCAAUUCGAUACGACUACUACAAGCCCUGCUAUGGUACGGGAAAACCAUACCAAGUGCGCAACCCCGCGUGCCGUCACGUACCGCGCUGGGUGUGAAUGCUUCACCCCGGAUACCAAGAAAAACAACAUGUACUCCUAUUAUCUGUUUUGUGCCCUCAUGCAUCACACUAGUAUGUCGCGCACCAACUGAAGCACACGCUUAACUUAUGUCAUGUACAACACGCUAGUUUGUCGUGCACCAAAUAAGCACUCUUCUCAUCUGUACCUCAUACACCCUACCCGCUGAAUUGAGGAAGACCCUGCCGUGUUUCGAUGUUUUCUAGCCAGCAUUGGAUCGAAGUCCCCAAAGCUGCGAAUGAUACCACGAUACGCGGCCCUGUGAAUCUCUGCGGAAAAAAAUCCCGGAAAGCACAAAAGUGCUAUUCACACACCCCCUUAACAGGCCUACAUAUAUCCCUGGGCUAGUACGCCUCACGAUGAGGAUGGACUACGGGAGCGCUCGUGAUAAACAAACAAGAGAGGACUGCCGCGAUAUUCUAUACACCAAGACCCAGCUACCAUCGCAUCAGAAUCAUUAUCAGCAGCAGCAGCAGCAAAACGAACAAAAUACUAACGCUGCAAUCACCUGCAAUCACGUCGAAAGUCGCCCCGACACAGCGGAAACUCCUCGCUUUCUUCAACUGCGGGGGAACCAGUUCCUGUGAAUUCAAGUCCAGCUACCGCAACAUAUGGUACAAAGAAGAACUAGAUAUAAUGACCGAGGGGGACUUCGGAGAUUCGGAAGUUCAUGGCAUCUAAUGACGCGAUAAUCCGAUCGCGUGACGUACGAUUUGACCACGAUUGAUAACACGCGCUUGAGACAACACUUGCUCUAUACAUCACAUGCCGAGCAAUACACUAUCUCGCUCUAUAUGUUCGCUUACUGUGCUUCGACCUUGCCGACACCAGAAAUUUAACUCUCGGCGUCACGAAAAUGCAGCAGAGCAGCUCAACAGCUGCAGCAGGUGUACGAACUCCUCCAGCUCCAACGUAUGUCAGCCUUGGUAUUUUGAUGCAAUUUAAUGCAGGCCUGAUUGCCAGAAUGAUGUGGGAUCGCCAGUUGUUGUCUGACCUGCCGCAGGACACAGUACCUAUAAUACGCAGUCGGAACUCUAAGCCCCGACAACAUACUUCUU